AUGAGCCUCCAGAUCCUGCAGCUCCUGGCCAUGAUGACCCUGAGCCUGGCUACCUCCCAACGCCGUGAGAAGGGGCCCUGUAAGAUGGUAGACAAGGAAAUCUUGUGCCAGGGCCUUGGCCUCCUCCAGGUCCCCUCAAUGCUCCCACUUGAUGUUGAGUCCCUCAAUCUGUCUGGAAACCAGCUGAAGAAAAUCCUGGUCUCACCCCUAGGCUUCUACACAGCACUUCGUCACCUGGACCUGAGCACCAAUGAGAUCAACUUCCUGCAGCCAGGUGUCUUCCAGGCCCUGCCCCACCUGGAGUACCUCAACCUGGCCCACAACCACCUUGCAGUGGGCAAUGGCCUGGGCCCCCUGCCUCAGGUGACCUCCUUAGACCUGUCUGGAAACAGCCUGUACAGUGGCCUGGUGGAACAGCUGCUGGGGGAGGCGCCCGCCCUGCGUACCCUCUCGCUGGCAGAGAACAGCCUGACGCGCCUUGCCCGCCAUACUUUCUGGGGCAUGCCUGCACUCGAGCGCCUGGACCUACAUAGCAACGUACUGAUGGAUAUUGAGGAGGGUGCAUUUGAGGCCUUGCCCCACCUGGUCCACCUCAAUCUCUCCAGGAAUUCCCUCACCUGUAUCUCUGACUUCAGCCUCCAGCAGCUGCUGGUGCUUGACCUAAGCUGCAACAGCAUCGAGGCCUUCCAGGCGGCCCCAGAACCGCAGGCUGAGUAUCAGCUCACCUGGCUUGACCUGCGGGAGAACAAACUGCUCCAUUUCCCGGACCUGGCUGCACUCCCUAGACUCACCUACCUGAAUGUAUCCAACAACCUUAUCCGGCUCCCCGUGAAACGGUCCCAGGGCAGCGAGGGUGUGCGUGCACCUUCCGAGGGUUGGUCAGCUCUGCCCGUCUCAAACCCCAGUUGGAACACCAGCACCCACCCCCUUUCCCAACUUUUGAACCUAGAUUUGAGCUACAAUGAGAUUGAGCUUGUCCCUGAGGGCUUUUUUGAGCCCCUGACCUCCUUGCGCUUCCUGAACCUCAGUCGAAAUUGCUUGCAGGCCUUUGAGGCCCGGCUUGCGGGCUCCCUCCCCUGCCUGGUGUUCUUGGACCUAAGCCACAAUGCACUGGAGGCACUGGAGCUGAGUGCCAGAACCCUGGGGGCCCUGCGGACGCUGCUCCUGCAGGCCAAUGCCCUGCAGGACCUGGCCCCGUCCACCUUUGCCAGCCUGGCCAACCUGCAGAGACUCAACCUGCAGGGGAACCGGGUCAGCCCCUGUGGGGGGCCAGGGGAGCCUGCACCCUCGGGCUGUGUAGCCUUCUCUGGCAUCUCCUCCCUCCGCAUCCUGAAUCUGGUGGACAAUGAGAUAGAGAAGCUCUGGGCAGGUGCCUUCCUCCACACACCACUUACCGAGCUGGCCCUCUCUGCGAAUCCUGGGCUGGAUGUGGCUGUGGGGGCAUUGGCAGGCCUGGAGGCCUCCUUGGAGGUCCUGGAGCUGCAGGGCAAUGGGUUGGCCAUCCUGCAGGUGGACCUGCCCUGCUUCAGCUGCCUCAAGCAGCUCAAUCUUGCUGAGAACCGCCUCAGCCACCUGCCUGCCUGGACCCAGGCUGUGUCACUGGAGGUGCUGGACCUGAGAAACAACAGCUUCAGCCUCCUACCGGGCAGUGCCAUGGGCGGUCUGGAGACCAGCCUCCGGCGCCUCUACCUGCAGGGGAAUCCACUUAGCUGCUGCGGCAAUGGCUGGCUGGCGGCCCAGUUGCACCAGGGUCGUGUGGACGUGGAUGCCACCCAGGGCCUGAUCUGCCGCUUUGGCUCCCAAGAGGAGGUUUUCCUGAGCCAUGUACGUCCCGAGGACUGUGAGAAAGGGGAGCUCAAGAACAUCAACCUCAUCAUCAUCCUCACCUCCGCACUGGUCUCUGCCAUCCUCCUCACCACACUGGCCACCUGUUGUUGCUUCCGCCGGCAGAAGUUUAACCAACAGUACAAAGCCUAG